AUGGCUCCUGUGACUCAGACCGGACCCGAGGACAAGCCUGGACCUGUGGACUCCAACAAGCAGCGGAGGCUCGCGGUGGAGAAGGCUCGAAGGGACCGGAUCAGCUGCAGCAUCGAGCAGCUGCGGACUCUGCUGGACCCGGAGCGGAGCGGCGCCCCCCGCCUGGAGAGGGUCGACGUCCUGGAGCUGGCCGUGGGGCUCCUGAGGCAGAGGGCCGUGGCCCCCCGCGUGGCCCCCAGCUACUCCCGCGGCUUCUCGCAGUGUCUGCAGGAGACCCUGCGCCACCUGUCGCUGCACGCGCCGCUGCGGCCCGCGGAGCGCGAGGAGAUCAAGCGCUUCUACGUGCGGCAGAGAGCGGCGCUGCAGCGGCACGUGUCCGGGGAGCAGCGGCGGAGGACGGCGGCCAGGAAGCGGUCAGGAUCCCGGUCUGCCGCGCGGUGCCACGGCGCCCUGUGGAGGCCGUGGUGA